CGGAGCUUGGCCGGGUUAAGGUUUAAGGAGCCGGGUUGGCUUUUUCGUGCAGGUUCCUGUUUCAAGUGUGUGGUAGGGUUCUGUGGUUGCGGCGUGUGGCAAUGGCUGGACACGUCCUUGAAAUUGACGGUGGUAUAAUGGAAGGGGGAGGACAGAUUUUACGUGUUUGUACAGCACUGAGUUGCCUUCUAGGAGCCAAGAUAAAAGUCCACAAUAUCCGAGCAGGGAGAAGCACACCUGGCCUGCGGCCUCAGCAUCUGUCAGGACUCGAGAUGAUCCGUGAUUUAUGUGAUGGUUGCCUUGAAGAAGCCAAAGUUGGUUCCACAGAAAUCUACUUUUCUCCGGGUAAAAUCAAAGGAGGUAACCACGUUGCAGAUACAAAAACAGCUGGGAGCGUCUGUCUAUUAAUGCAGGUCUCCAUUCCGUGUGUACUCUUUGCUGCUUCUCCAUCAGAACUGAUUUUACGAGGAGGCACGAAUGCUGAGAUGGCUCCACAGAUUGAUUAUACCUUGCAAGUAUUUAAACCAAUCAUUGAAAAGUUUGGAUUUCAGUUCAACUGUGAUUUAAAAAUGAGAGGUUACUAUCCAAAGGGUGGAGGUGAGGUGAGAAUAAAAAUGUCUCCAAUAAAACAACUUGCUCCAAUAAACAUGACAGAACGAGGAACCAUUACAAAGAUCCAUGGGAGAGCCUUUGUAGCUGGAGUUCUACCAUUUAAACUUGCAAAUGAGAUGGUAUCUGCAGCCAUUCGGUGCAUCAGGAAAGAAAUGCGUGACACUUAUGUAAAUAUCCAACCUAUUCAGGAGCCCAAGGAUAAGGCUUUUGGGAACGGAAAUGGAAUUGUUAUCUUUGCUGAAACUUCUACGGGAUGUAUACUUGCAGGAUCUGCCCUUGGUAAAAGAGGAGUUUCUGCAGACAGAGUUGGAAUUGAAGCUGCUGAAAUGUUGUUGAUGAAUCUUCGACAUGGUGGAUGUGUGGACCAGUACUUGCAGGACCAGAUCAUUAUUUUCAUGGCUCUUGCUAAUGGUGUCUCCAGAGUAAGAACUGGCCCAUUGACCCUUCACACUCAGACUGCUAUGCACUUUGCAGAAAUACUAACUAAGGCUAAGUUUACUGUGAAUAAAAUAAAUGAUCAAGAAUCUGGAUCAGAAAGAUGUAUCAUAGAAUGUGAAGGGAUAGGAAUGACAAAUCCCACUUCUGAUAUCUAAAAAUGUAUAUACCAUCCAAAAAAACUAUGGAAGCUCUAUAUUUUUCAGUACUUUGGAGAUUCUUAAUCCAAGUAACUGCUUCAUGUAAGACUUGAAUUUACAAAAAUAAACAUUGCAUUAUUAUCUGAGUUUCUUGUUGAUACACUGACAUAGGGAAGAGAAGUUAACUGAAUAACAGCAACUUUCAAAGAUCUCAAUCAAAGGAGAAUGCAGAAUAAUUUUGGGAAGUGAAAAGGAUUUGAGCUUUUUAGAGCACUUUAAUCGAUUAUAGAAUAUUUCUGUUUUGUUUACUGCUGAUCCAGCAAGAGAAAUGGUAUUGCAUCAAAUAACAGACAUUUCAAAGUGAAAAUUCUACUAUAAUGAUAACAAUUACAACAACUUAAAUUCUCAACAGUUUUUGUGCAUGGCUUUACUGCAAUGCAGCAAAUGAACUAUAAUGAAAGAUGUACAUUUGAAUAUUGUGUAUAAUUUUCAUUUACAGUGACUGAUAACAUCAAAUUUGCUUAGGAAUAAAAAUGAACAGUCAUUAA